AUGCCUCGUCAACCACUUUUUAAAGAACAAAAUAAUCAACAAUCGGUUGCAUGGGCUUAUGCUUUACUAUCAAAUAAGCCAGGAAAUUAUAUUAAGAAACCGGUUGAAAAAUGCACGGGUCAGGAAAUCACACAAGAGCUAUUGUAUCACUUAGGAGUUCCAGAUAAAGAUAUUGACCGUAUAUCAAAAGAUUCAGCGCAUACAAUUCCAGUAUUCAUGCCAUUUAUUACCUCAUACUAUAUGUUACGAAAACCGGGAGAUCGCCCACUAGUAAUUCCAAAUGGCUCCAAAAACCUAGCCUUUAUAGGAAAUUUUGCUGAAACAAAAAGUGAAGCGGCAUUCACAACAGAAUAUUCUGUUCGUACUGCUAUGGAAGCAGUUUACGAAUUUCUGAAUAUAGAACGAGGGAUCCCAGAAGUGCAUGCUUCAGCCUUCGACAUGAGAGUGCUAGCACGAGCUAUGUACUACUUAUCGGAUAAGAAAAAACUAAAUGAGAUGGAUUUACCCGUAAAGGACAAUCAAAUGUUUAAAGCGGGUUUGCAAAAUUUUGCGCCUACUUAUAUUGGCGAAAUUUUAAGAGAAAGUAAUUUAGUGUGA